AUACCAUGUGGCGUCAUCGUUUGUGCUGCUAUAGUGAAGGAUUUAUAUGGACGAAAACAGCUUGGAUUCUAGAGCAAAAUAAAUGUCUGUGUUAGUCAAUGAUGUUGAGAAAUGAGAAUGAUAACUAUUUGUGGUAACGUGUCAGAUCGUACGACUUCUAGAAAAUAAUUUCAUUUUUAUUGGAGAGGAGGUGGUAGCGGAUAAAAUCCUAUUGUCUGCGCAUUGCACAUUCUUUACUAUGGCGAAAAAGUCAACUACGAUACAUCUAUGGACUAUUUUACUUUCUACCAGUGUUGGCAUAAUUUGGGGGAAUCUGGCCAGUGCUGAGCAUCAUGGGAGUCCCUAUGUUUACCGUGUCUCUGGAGGACGUGGCCGUGGCGGGGUCUCCCCGCACAUGCCAGGACGUCAGGGUCGGUCCUCCCAGCCCACUGUAUCCCCCGAGACCCUCAUCGUACCAGCCCAUGCCCCGAGGGUCCACCUCAGCCAGGACGACAUCAGGAAGCUGAGGUUCAAGUCUACGGUGGGUUCGGUGCACCUAUCCGAGGGCCACGAGGCAAAGUUCAACUGCUCCAUCGACAUCCCUGACGCCAACCUGGACCUCACCGUGCUGUGGUGGAAGAACAACAUGGAGCUGGCUGAAAACCUGCAGGUGGUCAUCAACGAACUACAGACUGUCACACACGGGGUCAUGACCCUGCUGUCCACCGUCAGCAUAACUCAUGUCCAGAGAGCUGACUCUGGGGACUACCGCUGUAGACUGAGAGUCAGUGACAUAGAGAUAGAGUCCCAGCCUAUCAUUAUCCAGGUCGAAGGUCUACCAACAUUCACCAGACAGCCUGAUGACAGGAACGUAACUCGUAACCGCCCCUUUAACCUGUCGUGUGAAGCGGUGGGUCCCCCGAAUCCUAUCAGGAUCCACUGGCUACGCAACGGAGUGCGUGUGAUAGGGUACAUUACCUCCUCCCCCAGCAACUACACUGUACCAGGUGUGGACAAGUACACCCAGUUCAGCUGUGAGGCCCACAACCAGAAAGGUGUCACUACUUCCAGGGAAGCUAACGUCAACGUUAAAGUGCUUCCAGCUCCUGUCUCUGAGGUCACUGUGAUACAACGUGAAUCUAACAAACUAGUUCUGAGAUGGACCCCUGGACACGAUGGAUUCUCCCCACUCACUACUUGCCAGAUCAGGGUGAAAGAGGUGAGCCGAAGGAGAGGAGAGGUCAGGCUGGCUAGGAUAAUCAACACUACAGCUCCUCCGUUCCAGAGUGAUGUCCCGGGGUUACAGGCCAUGACCUGGUACAACAUGAGCGUCUCCUGUAGCAAUGAGCUUGGCCAUUCACCAGUCAGUACCUGGGUCCAGAGCAACACUACAGAAGGAGUACCGUCAGUCUACCCCCGUAACGUGACUGUUAUGCUAAACGAGUCACUGCUGGUGAUCCGAUGGAAGGACCCGCCCCAGGACAGGGUCAACGGAAUCCUCACGGGGUAUGAUGUCAUCGUCACGUAUGGGACUCGGGUCAACAAGAUCCGCAGCUCCUCCAACACAGCUGCGGUGGCCCUACAGGAGUUCAACACUACAUACAGUGUUCAGGUAGCUGCCUGUACUCAGGCUGGGCGUGGCAUGCUCAGUCCACCGGUCGGGAUCUUCAUACCAGAGAACAAUUGGCCCCUGUCUCCCUCCUCCAGUCCAGACACCAUAGGAUCAGACUCUGUGUAUAUCAUACUGGGGGUGGUAUGUGGCUUCUGUCUCCUGCUGCUAGUACUCUGGGCUGCUAUCUGCAUGAGAAGUAGGAUACUAGACACGCGCUUUGGUCAGAUGUUUGGAAGUGGAGAGAAGCUUCAACCGAUCGUUCAGUACAGGCCACAGAAGUCCUACAACCGAUCAGCCAUUGAAAUUACACUAGGUAACCUGGGUGUGAGUGAUGAGCUCCAAGCCAAACUACAGGACUUCAUGAUUAUGAGAAAUCUGCUUUCCAUCGGGAAGGUUCUGGGAGAGGGUGAAUUUGGUUCUGUGGUGGAGGGACAUCUGAAACAACUGGACGGAACAUCUGAGAAAGUGGCUGUGAAGACCAUGAAAUUGGAUAACUUCUCCCAGAGGGAGAUAGAGGAGUUCCUGAAUGAGGCUGCCUGCAUGAAGGACUUUGACCACCCUAAUGUCAUCAGGCUGCUAGGUGUUUGUCUGGAGGCGGGGUCUGGUCACUUCCCCAAGCCCAUGGUGAUCCUGCCCUUCAUGAGAUAUGGAGACCUCCAUAGCUUCCUGCUGCGCUCACGCCUCGGAGACAGUCCACUGUUCCUGCCCACUCAGACACUCCUAAAGUUUAUGAUUGACAUCGCCAUGGGGAUGGAAUACCUCAGUGGGCGGAACUUCCUCCACCGUGACUUGGCUGCACGCAACUGCAUGCUGCGUGAUGACAUGACGGUGUGUGUGGCAGACUUCGGCUUGUCUAAGAAGAUCUACAGUGGUGAUUACUACAGACAGGGCAGGAUAGCCAAGAUGCCUGUGAAAUGGAUUGCGGUGGAGAGCCUGGCGGACAGAGUAUUCACUGUGAAGAGUGAUGUGUGGGCAUUUGGUGUGACCAUGUGGGAGAUAGCGACACGGGGCAUGACACCGUACCCUGGUAUCCAGAACCAUGAGAUUUAUGAUUACCUACUUUUGGGCCACAGGCUGAAGCAGCCAACAGACUGCUUAGAUGAACUGUACGAGAUCAUGUACAGCUGUUGGCGUGCUGACCUCCUGGACCGCCCCGUCUUCACUCAGGUUAGAGAACUGUUGGAGAAGCUGACAGAGAAACUUCCGGAGGCUUCUACCAGCAAAGAGGACAUCAUCUACAUCAACACCAGUUUCCCUGAGGAGGAUCAGCCCGGUGCUUGUGCAGACUCCCACCUGGAUUUGCCGCUUUUUAGCUCCUCCCCGUCCUGCAGUCAUAGAAAUGAAUUCAGCCCCUCCCCUUCCUGUAGCGACCAGUUCAGCGCUUCUCCGUCCUGCAGUAACAGUCGCCAGAGACGAGACAACCGAGAUCUGGUAACAGCAGUCAUCCACGAGACUAUGGAGGAAAAGGAGGAGGAAGAUGAUCGUUACGUUGUUGUCAUCUCUAAUGCCAAUAGGAGUGGGGACCCCGCUGUCACCAUGACAACAGCAGCUGUGGACAGUGACACUCCCCUGUUGGCUCGGGAGGGCUUGGGUGGGGUUUUGGGGGGAGCUACUCGUGACUCAGUGGGUGAUGUCACUGGGAUGGAUCAGCACGCGAGUGACACAACGCUGUUGCUCUGAUAGGCAUGGAACGUUGGGACUAGAAAUCCAGUAAUCUGAAACCAGACAAAGAAGCGCUCUCCCCCAGCGGUCAUGUCUGAUGAUAAUACACAUCCUUCUUGUCUGCACUCUGGACUGUUGAGGACAUAAUAUAGGUAUUGUAAAGACCCUGCCGUUGAUAAGCAUGAUGACCACUCACCCAAGGGAACUAGCUUUCUUGGAGCAGCGGUAACGUUUCUGGAUCUGGACCCUAUGAGACUGGGUGCAAAUCACGCCUUGGAAUCUCGUGCUACUCCCUUAUUUAAAGGGAAAAAAAUUGUACCUUUAUUUAACUAGGCAAGUCAGUUAACGGCCUAGGAACAGUGGGGGCAGAACGACAGAUUGGUACCUUGUCAGCUCGGGGAUUUGAACUUGCAACCUUCCAGUUACUAGCCCAACGCUCUAACCACUAGGCUACCCUGCCGCCCCAGUUUGAACGUAUGGUACUGUGUGGAUCAUGAGCACAUAGGCCUUCUGCUUGGUGCAGCAUGUGUAGUCUCACGUUGCAACACUUCCAAGUUGUUUCACCAAGGAUCUGCCCAGUGUCUGUAGAAAUAUAAUCCCUAUUUCUAUGAUCCUGUCUUGUGGCAUUAUUAAGUGUUAUUACCUUGUCUAUUCCCCAAUGCUUUGCAUUGAAAUAAUUAUGACCAGUUUUCCAGUGGAUGUUUAUACCUCAAACGGUUACCACUAGCUAUCAGUGUUAAUGCAAGAGAUGUACAUAAGAGAUGCUACAUUUGCACAUCUCUCUUAUAGUAUAUUUCCAAUUAAAUAAGCUCUGCUAAAAAUUGAAGUCAGUGUAUCCCUAGCAGAUAUUGAAAGCUGUGAACAAGGCACAAUUACAGCCAACCACUGUUGUAAGUAAGUAGUACACUCCCAUUACAAUCAGAGGCCAUCUAAAGCAUUUAAACUGUACGUAAUUUUAAGAAUUCCUUUUAUAUAUUGAAGUAUUUUUGAAGUGGCAAUGUGUAUAGGAACUUUACAUGAUAUGUGUAUAUAGAGUAUUGUGUACAUAUGAUAUCGAUGGACUGAAGAAAAAAACAAACAGUUAUUUUGUAUCUCAGAGGACCUUGUAUACAGCCUUGAGGUACUCCACCAAGGUUAGGCAGUGGACCCUGGAAUGUCCACAAUAUCUAAUAGUUUAUUUUACAGAUUUUAAUAGAAGUUCAACUUUUGUUAAAUAUAAAUAUAGUCAAUGUUGAUAUUGACUGAAUUGUUAAAGAGAUUUGCAGGAUUUUUUUCAUGAUGCAAUAAAUGUUUGCAAA